ACGCGAGUUAUGGGCUUUCUCAGUGGCGUGAAGCCAGCCCCCCUCCUCCUGCUGCUCUCCUCGGUACUGGUGUUCUCACAUCUCCGCCCCGCCGCCGGCAGACCGCGCUCUCUCCCCGGCCUGCCGGGGGCCGGCGGUCGCCUGCAGACGCAGCUGCUCCAGCUGCUGCUCCGAGCGGCUGCAGACGGCGCCGCAUCGGACCUGCUGCUGAGCAACCGCGUCUUGGGAUUUCUGCAUCGGAGCAGCCCGGACCCAGAAAGUGACAGAGCAGUGCUGAGGAGGACCGCAGCAGCGCAGCAGCUGAGACGCGGGGACGAGGCGCCGCUGUCCAUCGACCUGACGUUCCACCUGCUGAGGAAUAUGAUCCAGAUGGCCAAGACGGAGAGCCAGCGAGAGCAGGCUCAGGUUAACCGCAAAGUAUUCGAUGAGGUGGGGAAGUAA